CGUCAGUGCGGCGGGAGUGCUACGAUGACGGUGGAACGAGGACAGUGCUUACCACGAGCGAGUCCGUGCCGCACGUGAUGCCUCCGGCAGCAGCCAUGUGGUGUGCAGCGCUGGCGCUGCUGCUCUGCGCCGCGGCAGCCGCGGGUCUCGAGUCGCCUUCGGGCAGCGGCGCGGCCACCUCGUCGUCGUCCUCUUCCUCCUCCUCCUCCUCGGGCCACUGUCCCAGCGCUUGCACCUGCAAGUGGAAAGGCGGCAAGCACACCGCCGAGUGCGUCAGCCAGGGUCUCUUCUCCGUGCCCGUGGGUCUGCCCCCGGGGCUACAGGUAAUCCACCUGGAGCGGAACAACUUCCACUCGCUGCCCGGCCGCACGUUCCAGGAGCGCGGCCUGGUCAACCUCCAGCGCGUGUUCCUAUCCCAGUGCCGGCUGGGGCGAGUGGCACGGGACGCCUUCCAGCAGCUCACCAACCUGGUCGAGCUGGACCUCAGCUGGAACCUGCUCACGGCCGUGCCCAGCGCCCCGCUGCGGGGGGUGCCCCACCUGCGACGGCUGCAGCUCAGCGGCAACCCGAUCGCGCAGCUCGAGAACGCCAGCUUCGUGGGCCUCCAGCACCUGACGUACCUGCACCUGUCGCGGUGCCAGCUGCGCUCCAUCGAGCCCGGCGCACUCGACGGGCUGCCGGCGCUCGAGUUCCUGCUGCUCGACAACAAUCGACUCACUACGCUGCCGGCGCAAGCGGUGUCGCCUCUUCCAAGGCUCUCGACGUUACAUCUGCAGGGCAACCCGUGGCAGUGCGACUGCCGGCUGAGCAGCCUGCGCCGAUGGAUGCGCACCCGCAACAUCCCGCUGGGAGAGCCGCCUCGCUGCGCGGGGCCUCCGCGGCUCGAGUCCGCCUCGUGGGACGAGCUCUCGCUCGAGCAGUUCGCCUGCCCGCCACAGGUGCACGCCGACUCUCUGGUCAGCGUCCAGGAAGGGCGCAACGCCACGCUCGUGUGCCGCGUGCGCGCCGACCCACCCGCCGUGCUCAGAUGGGAGGCGGCCGACUGGGGUGCCGGCGGGAACUCAACGAACGGCGAAGCGGGCCCAGACUUGGACUCGGCCCGCUUCCAAGUGCAGCGUGAGCAGAGCGGGCCGUUCCAGUUGAGCUGGCUGUCCGUGGCUCACGCGGGUCCCUACGACGCGGGCGUCUACAUCUGCGUGGCCGAGAACCGCGCUGGCCUGCGGGCCGCCAAUACGACGCUGGCCGUGGUGCAGGCGCCGCCGGUUGCCAGCGGCCUCUCGAGGACCCACAAGGUGGUCAUCGUGCUGGCCAGCUUCCUGGCGCUGGUCAUACUGGCCCUGCUACUGUGCUUCGUCGUGGCACGGCAACGGGCUCUGGCUGCCUCUAGGGCCAAGUUUCCGGGCAUGCUCAAGCAGCUGGCGCGCAAGGCAGACCUGGUCGAAGUGGCAACUCCAAGCGACACCAAGGCGGCACAGCUGGCCGCCAUGCAGCAGCGAUCGCCCCACGAUGGCUCGGCGCAGUCGCCCACGGACCCCGGCGACCGGACGACGCCCGACCUGGUUCAUGGCAAGAGUGGCGCGGGACUGGACUAUUCCAGGCAGCCGAACGGGUACGGACCCGUGGGCAACGGCUACGUUAACCCAGCCGACCCCUGCUACGGCCAAUACGCGCUCCACGACCGGUACCUCGAAGAGCCACCCGAACCACCACAGAGACACGGCCUCUACUCGCCGCCCGAACCGUCAGCAGCAGCGGCGGCUGCGCAGUGGAGGGUAGUCGAACCGGCAGCCUCGUCUUGGAAGCGGAACCCGGUAGCCGCACCUCCAGUAGCGGCGUGCGUGGCAGUCGGCGUAGAUACCCGUUACUCUCCGGACGAAGGGUACGGCGAGGGCAACUACGAAGGUACCGAGGUGUGAGCGAAGCAUGGUGAUAGUGCUGUAGGAUCAACUUGGCAGCCGCUGAUCGACCACAACGCGCAGAAGGCCGGACGCAGACAAAAAAGUUAUUCUCAAGGCGGAAGGUUGUUUGAACGGCAAGGACACCCCGGUCUAGUCCCGCGGUACUAUCGUGGAAGAUUGCAGAAGCGGGAAAGAAACAACGCAAGAACCAAACAGGGCCUGACGAAUAACACCGAGCUUCUUGCUUGGAACGGGCCGGCAUCGUCACUCGUAUAAGGCCGGAAGCCAACACUCAGCGUGAUGCAGGAGAGUGGAACGUUUUGUAACAACGAACUGGGCGGCCAAAUGGUGUAAAAGUCUAUUUUUCACUACGCGAGAAGUGACAGGCCGUAUCCGUGGUCGGAAAACGACACCUCGCAAAAGUAUGGCGAACCAUGGGACUAAUCUCCAGCGUGCUUGGAAAACGUGUAGGCUUACUCAAAAGAACUGCUCUCGCGUUGUAUGUACAGAGUUUUCAGUCUAGUGGAACCCACGAUACCCCGUGUUUGUUUCCGUAUCCUCCGUUCCUUCCGUUUCAUGUGCAACGGCAAGUCAGUGAGUAGUGGAAUAUACCCGACGUGUCCGUGCAUUCGCGAGUGGUUUUUGUCAACUUUUGAAGAAAAAAAAGUUGUUUUGUGAACUUUGCAACGAAUUCUAAUUUAUGAAUGACUGAUCUUCAAAAGUGAGAACAGAAACUGACUGCGUGUGCGGCACAUUCGUGAAACACUGUGUGUUUUACAGACGCAUUGGUCUACACUGGCUCGGUCGCGAGCGAGCGAGAAUCCCAGUGACUUGGGGUUUACUGAACUGGUUCCUAAGAUGCCCUCCACAUGUGGCGUGCUGUAACUGAAAUACGAAAAGCGAGGCAUUUUGGACUAACGCGUACACAGCGCUUGCCCGUCCACAAAACGCCACUAACACACGCACAGAGCUGACACAAACCAGAACAAAGUGGUGACAAGCUGAACAACAUUGUGACGCCCUGAAGAGAGUCGCGUGGUGAACUUGGUUUCAGUGUCCACGAGAACAUUUCAGUGAACCCUUAUACAUACACUUAUAUAUAUAUAUAUUAUUGCGUGUGAAGAUAAGCGCCCUUGUACAUAUUUAUUACCAAAUGUUUGUCGUGACAGUGAAACUUCCGAAGGCUGCAAAUGAACGCCAAUAAAGCUGUUGUGCCAGAA